AUGUGUCGUAUGGAGGUACACAUCUACUCCUGCACCCACAUCUGGGCCCUCAAAGAGCGCUGUCCCUUCCACCAGAUGCCAAAUCACCAGGAACUGCCUGCCAGGACCCUGACGAUUGCAAGUCCCUGCCUGAUUUGUCGUGACCCCCCUACCAGAUACACGUUCCUGAGGCAGAAAACACUCUUCACUACUCAGUCCAUGGAGACUAUCCUUGGCAUGUCCCGUCACGACCCGGGUUUCAUUGACAGUGUGACACGCUUUUACGCGAGGGGUGAUCACACUCGCUGGAUGCAGCCGGGAUACCGGCGAUCCAAGAGCCUCGAGGAUCAGCAGGAGGAAGAGGCGUACUUGCAGGCGGUGCUGGUUUCGUCGGGGCAGAGUGUUGUCGACACUGCUGUUGCCACCGGGCCUGCUGCAGGCACCUCUCAGGAAGCUGUCACAAUAACUUCCUCUUCCGCCGCCGGUCACUCGACGUUGAACACGGAGCCUCAGAACGUCGCUGCCCAUCCGCCUCUUGAGAGAGUGGGAGAGGCGCAGCCCCGUCCGCCGAUCGUGGUCGAGAACGAGGCUACACAAUCGGCGAGAUUGGUGCUAGGGCCUCAGAAUCAGACACUAGUGGUUGGAGAGUCGGCACUGGGAACACUUCUGGAGUAUUUUGGCACGGCUCCUGCGCCAGCAUUUGUUGAGGACGAUGAUCCACCAAGUCCAUAUGUGCCGAUGCCGAUACUCAACUAUGGGACUGUUCAGCAGCCGCCUGCCAUGAUCUCACACACAGACCCGGACAUCCCCUUUGGCAUCACCCCAGCGAUCCACGAUGCUUCUCAAAGCACGGGGUUCAGUGAGUCUCCCCAGAGUUCCACACAUGGAGUAUCCCAAGACCCGACCUCCCCCGACCUCGUGACUGGCUACAGAAACCUCGCACAGAGCCACGAAGAUCCCUUCUUCGACCCAGCUUCUGCCCGCCAGAACGUCUUUAGGCCCAGGCCCGCGAUCCCACCGGCGCGCAUGAGACGCCCGUCCAACGACCCCCAGUCGACCCCGGCGCUCAACGGGCCUCGUCCUCGUCCCCAAACUGGAAGGCUCAUGGGUCCACCCGCGCUCCCUGCGACCCGGCGCUCCUGGCUGAGACAGCCCACUAACGCGAACAGCUACUGGCAGGACCUGGACUUUGCAUCCUAUGCCACUCCCUCGACCGGCCCCGACGCCCCCGAAGCGGUACCAGAGGACACAAACGACCCGCAGACAAACCUCAUGUCGUCUCCCACCGUGAUGAUGCAGCAGAGGCGCAGCGGAGAGAUCAGACGCGGAAAACGUCCGGUGCGGGAACUAUACCCAGUUUUGCCCACUUUGCCUGUUACUGGUAAUCCCAAUGGUAACAACCAUCCUAACAAUGCUGCCAGUGCGGAUCCGAAACCCCCGAUGAAGGUCGUCCUCGCGUCUAAGCCCGCAGCCGAAUCCAAGGCAGAGCCGGAGCCUAAGCGUCCUAGAUAUGUGAAAUUCCUGGAUGAUACGACUAUUGUGCCGUGCUCGCCUGUUUCGGCCAGGAGUUCAGGUAGAGGCGCCAGAGCUGUCAACCCUCGUGCCGAUGCUCGUCUUCGGAACGUGGGUCUGGGAGGAACGGCCGAUGAUGCGGUUGACGGCUUUGAUCUUUCGGAGUGUAACAACCAUCAGCAACAGGAGAGCGGGGCUGUGGUUGCGGAUGGCGACAGGAUGGACUUGGAUGAACAGAAGGGGACUGGCGACGAAACGGAGGAGUUGGAAUGGAUCUUCCAGUGCUAUGUGACUGAUCAAGAGGACCAGCGGCAGAGGGAGGAGGCAGGCGAGCACCCGUUCUUCAGUAGCCCUUUUGCAUGCGGCUAUAACAAAGAUUCCGAGGGGUUUAAUGAGGAGGUUGGUGAUGGCGAUUGGGAUAUGAUGCAGUGA